CUCCGUCCUUCACCCUUUCCCAGUUUGGAGCCCUUUGGCCCCUCUGGGCCUCGGUCGCUCACUGCUUCUCUAACUCCUGGGCGUCCACUACCCACGCUGCUUUCCCCAGCUGCGAUCCAGCUAUGUCCUGCAGCCGCGUGGCGUUGGUGACCGGGGCCAACAAGGGCAUCGGCUUCGCCAUCACCCGCGAGCUCUGCCGGCGGUUUCAGGGCGACGUGGUACUCACGGCGCGGGACCAGGCACGGGGCCGGGCGGCGGUGCAGCAGCUGCAGGCCGAGGGGCUGAGCCCGCGCUUCCACCAGCUGGACGUGGACGACCUGCAGAGCAUCCGAGCUGUGCGCGACUUCCUGCGCAGGGAGUAUGGGGGCCUCGACGUGCUGGUCAACAACGCGGGCAUCGCCUUCAAGAAGGCAGAUCCCACACCCUUUCAUAUACAAGCACAACUAACAGUGAAAACAAACUUUUUUGGUACCCGUGAUGUCAGCAGGGAGCUGCUUCCUCUAAUAAGACCCCAAGGUAGAGUGGUGAAUGUGUCAAGCACAUUGAGUCUCUCGGCCCUUAAACGCUGCAGCCCAGAGCUGCAGCAGAAGUUUCGAAGUGAGACCAUCACCGAGGAGGAGCUGGUGGGGCUCAUGAACAAGUUCGUGGAAGAUAUAAACAAUGGGGUGCAGGAGGAGGAAGGCUGGCCCAGUUCUACAUAUGAAGUGUCCAAGAUCGGCGUCACGGUUCUGUCCCGAAUCCACGCCCGGAAACUGAGUGAGGAGAGGCGACAGGACAAGGUCCUGCUGAAUGCCUGCUGUCCAGGGUGGGUGAGAACUGACAUGGUGGGACCUGCAGCGCCCAAAAGCCCAGAAGAAGGAGCUGAGACCCCUGUGUACUUGGCCCUGUUACCCCCAGAUUCUGGGGGGCCUCAUGGACAGUUUAUCGCAGAGAAAAAACUCAAACAAUGGUGAAGUCAACUCACACCGCCACCAUGGCCCCAUUUUGUACCAUGGCCUGAUGUGACCCGAAGCACAUUCGUACUGCCAGAAUAUCCCAAACCAAAGGAAAUAAUAUCCCAGUCACCAGCUAAGUAUUAAUCUACUACUAUCUACUGGAGUAAGCUACUCACAGAGUGAAUACUAAUUGUGUGAUAUCCUUUUGAUAGCCUCUGUGAUACAGAGAGGAAAAAGGGAACGUUUUUGGAAAUAACAUUCAAAUUAAUAGAUUAAAUAGUUCUUUAUGAA